CGAUUUAUCAAGUCUUAAAUGUAAUAAAAUUUACCUUAAUUAACCGUUAUAUUAUUGUUAUUACGUCCUCUUAUCUAUCAAUUGAUUUGUUUACAAGUUUUGACAAGUGAAAGUGAGGUUAGAAAAUGGAUGCUUUGACGCUAGGUUCCCAAAGAUUAGUACACUUGGACCUGAAAGGGGCCCCUCCGAAGCUAUGUUACUUUGAAAAAUUUUUUCCUCUUAUUAAAGAUCUGGGGGCUACUGGUAUUUUACUAGAAUGGGAAGAUACGUUUCCGUAUACCAGAGAAUUGUUGCCGAUUGGGGGCUUAUCGAACAGUGCUCAAGUCAGUGGGGCUCCUUAUACCAUAGAGGAAGCGAGGCAGUUACUUGAUAUAGCCACAGAUUGUGAAUUGAGUGUAAUACCUUUGGUGCAAGUUUUCGGGCAUAUGGAAUAUGUUUUAAAGCAUGAACAGUGGAGACAUUUGAGGGAAGUUGAGGCUUAUCCUAGCUCAAUGUGCCCCUGUAAUAGUGAGACUAUGGUUUUAGUGCGCAAUUUAUUGAAACAAAUAAUCACAUUUCAUAAAGCAAUCCAGUAUAUUCACAUAGGGGCCGAUGAGGUGUGGCAUAUGGGAUUAUGCUCGGCAUGCUCUAAGAGAGUAACUACCAGUAAGUACGGCAAGCCGGGCCUUUAUCUCGAUUACGUGACCGCAGUUGCACAAUACGUCAAAGAGAAUUACCCAAAUUUAAAAAUAAUUAUUUGGGACGACAUGCUGAGAUCAAUUGAUACCCAAAUUUUACAAGCCUAUUAUUUAGGGACUUUGGUCGAACCAAUGAUUUGGCAUUACAACUCGGCUGAAACCUUCAAUUUGGGCCCUACUUUAUGGGAGAAAUACAGUAACGUAUUCACAAAUAUUUGGGCCGCGUCUGCAUUCAAAGGCGCCACUUCCAGCUGUCAAAUCCUUCCAAUUAAUAAAUUCCACGUGAGUAAUCAUGAAGCUUGGCUCUCUGAAUUGGGGCAACAUGCCGGCAAGAUUUUGAAUUUUAAAGGAAUCGCUUUUACCGGCUGGUCGCGGUAUGACCAUUAUGCAACUUUAUGCGAAUUGUUACCCUCAGCAGUGCCGUCUUUAAGUCUGUGUCUCAAGACGUGGCUCAACGGGGGCUAUAACCAGGAGUUGCACAAUUCUGUGGGAAAAAUGUUGGGGUAUAAUGAAAACACAACGAAUUUUGGGAGUCCCAUAAGGACGCCAGUAUUACCAACUUUGAGUUUCCCAGGUUGGCCGGUUUUUGUGGGACUUGAAUGGUUUGUUAACUUUCGGGGGAAAUACAGGAAUGUUAUAGAUAGUGAUCAGAUGCAUUCUUGGUUCAACCAAUGGCAAGUCUCAAACAACUACACCAAUCCAAUGCAAGUGGAUACAAUCCUUCCGGUUAUAACCGAGUUAUUAAACGAGCUUAUGUCACUAGAAUCGUACCUGAAAACGCACCUAGAGCCUAUUUUUUACCAACACACAACCGAAGAAGUGAUGGGAACUCUAAUAGACCCAAUCAAGAAGCAUUUGAAACAAAUAAAAAGCGAUUGCGAGACUCAAUUGUCUUUGGGGUGUCGUGUCCGAGGUCAAAGAAGAUUGAAUAUCUAGUUUUCCAGUACCUACUUGACUCUUGUGAUAUUUAAAAUAAGCUUUACUUUUGUGUGUGUUGUAAGCACAAAAUGCUUUGAAAUAAAGUUUUUAUAUUUUUGUCUCUUAAA